AUGCAUCACACAAACAUUGUGGAAGAACUUUAUAAGCGUUUCAAGGGUAAGGAGAAAAUGGUGGGAUUUUAUGUCUUCACCCGACCGGUAGCCUUAAUACUCGAUCUGGACUUGGUGAGACAAAUUUUGGUCAAGGACUUCAACAAUUUUGCCAAUCGUGGCUCAUAUCACAAUGAUAAGGAUUUGCUGAUGGCGAAUAUAUUCUUUUGGGACGUCGAAAGAUGGAGACCUUUGAGAAAUAACAUGAGAACCUUAUUUAAACCAGCAAAAAUGAGAUCCAUGUUCAACAACGUUCAAAAGUGUGCCAAGGAUCUAAAAGAAGCCUUCGAUGAAGCUUUGACAUUGGAGGACAACGUGCACAUGAAUAAACUGAGUGUUCUGUUUACAGUGGAUACCAUAACCCGUUGUUUCUUUGGCAUUGAGAACUCCGCUCUGAGAGACAAACAUAAUGAGUGUGGCAGGAUUGCCUCAAAAAUCACCGCCAGGACCAAUUAUAGUGUGCUUAAACAAUUGCUGGGCUUAAACUAUUAUGACAUGCUACAGGCUCUCGGUAUGGAGGUACGAAUCUUUGCCAAAGAAGUUGAAGACUUUUUUAUGGGUCCCAUAAAACAAAUUAUCCGUGACCGAGAAUAUUGUGAAGCAAAAACUGGUGAUUUGGUUGAUCUCUUGCUAGAGAUGAGAGAUAACCAGGGGCAGCCUGGCAUGACCUUUAACGAGAUGACUGCCCAAAUGUUUAUAUUUUUCCUAGCUGGCCAUGAAUCAGGGGCUGUGGCCAUAGCCUUUGUCUUAUAUGAAUUGGCCCAUCAUCCCAACAUACAGGACAAGGUCAGAGAAGAAAUUCUAGGAGUUCUAAAACAACACAAUAACGAGCUUAGCUAUGAGGCUAGCAUGAAAUUGCCUUACUUGGAGCAAGUAAUAGCAGAAACCAAUCGUCGUUAUCCAAUUUUAAACUUUUUGGAGCGCACUGUGACCCAAGACUACCGCCUUGAGAACUCCAACAUUGUCCUUGAAAAAGGAUGCACCAUCUAUAUACCAGUUUACAGCAUACACUAUGACCCGGAAUUUUAUGAAAAUCCUCAGGAAUUUCAUCCUCAACACUUCCAUUCUUCAGAAUCUGGCUCCAGACAUCCCAUGGCAUUUUUGGGUUUUGGUGAAGGUCCUAGAAACUGUAUUGGCAUGCGUAUGGGUCAAAUGCAAAUGAUUUUGGGCCUAGUUGCUCUGUUGUCGAAUUUUAAAUUUUCGGUUUGUGAAAAAACUGUUCGGAAAUUUAAAAUAUCCGAUCAUGUAUUCAAUACCAGAAUUUUGGAUGAGAUUUGGCUGAAGGUGGAGAAAUUAGAAAAAAUAUGA